AUGGAAAUCGGUGAGGAAGCUGGUACUGGUUGCUUGGGCCAAAGCUCAGAGAAGUCUAGUGGAUCGAUCGACGACGAUGAAACUACUUUGUUCGUCGUCAGCCUUGUUGUGUCGCUGCGCGACUUCAAAGGACAAACUUCGACGGAGGAGCUCGAUACUUGGUUAAUAUACGCUGAUACCGUCGAAAAAUUCCUGCAUAGCGUAUGGGAAAAGUCCAAAAAGCAUCUCAUCCGACACAUCAUAGCUGUUUGUGAUGAUGAAGGCAACAUCACCUACAACUGGAGCCCGAAGGAGGCAAUCGAUGAAACCGAUUUAGUUCAUUUUGCUUUGUUUUACGACAAACAAAAUCGUCGAGCAAUCACAGUGGAUAAACUAACAACUAAUAUUCUGCAAAACUGGCGCACCAAAUCUUCUGUCGAGUUGCUACUUCACAAAUAUUCACUGACAGUCAAUUCGAAGACCGUAUGGAAAAAAGUAGAGAAAUCAUUAAUUGACACAAUUCCAAGAAAUCGAGGAAGUGCUGCGGCGACGGAAUACGCUCAGGAGUUGGCGAAAGAAUUACAACUGAAGCACGGACACAUCUGGAAUGGGCAUGAAAUAGCGUGGAGCAUCUGGGCAAAUACAAUUUUAACUGCACCAGCUCAUCAGCACGAGGCAUUGAAGAAUGAUUCGACUCCUCCUGCUAGCUGCUUGGAUCUGUUUUCAAUUAAAGAAGGCGAACAUAUUCAGAGAAUCCGUCGAGAGUAUCGUGUUGCUCCCAACGUGAACGAUGGCUACCAUGCAGAUAUUACGAAAAUUAUGGAUGCAUUCACUGCGGUUAAAGAAAUACAUCAAGAGCAAACACAGAGGAUUUCCGCUUUGGAACGACUACUGGAAAAUCUGAUGCUAAGGAGCCAACUGGGUGAAUCUUUCAUUAGUUCUGCUGAGUCAGCUCUAAACGUGAAGGAGAGUGAGUUUUCCGCUUCCAUUUCGUCUAGAGUACAAGAUGCUGAAGAUGUUGACCACAUGAUGUAAGAUUUUACGAAAUGGGAUGUGAAAUAAAAUACAUGAAUUUGUUGUGGCUUAUCCGAAAAUAGGUACAAAAGAGUUUUAUUUGAUCAAACCAGAAAUGUGUUGACGGUUCAUCUAAUUUGAAGUCCUCUU